AUGAAUCGUUUAGUGGAUAUUGUUGAAAAAUCAGCUCUCCUUUAUUCAUGGAACGUCACAUGGAGUGGUCUUAUCAAAUUUUUGGAGAAUCUCGUCGAACAAAAUCUACCAAAGUUGGGUGAAGCAAUCACUUUUCCGUUGACAUGGAUUACCUUUGUGGUUCUUAUAGUUAUUAUCCAAUUCGUCAAAAAGCUAUGGGAAGAUGGCGUCUUUCGUGGGUGGUUUGAAACGUGCAAUCGACAGCCAAACGACAAUGAUUUCCUCGAGGUUGAUGACGACUAUGAUGAAGAAAUCGACAUCUCAGACUACGGACUGGACAGCAACGUGUUUGAUGAUGCCGCCAGCUUUACGUCCGGUAACAGAUUUUCAGAUGAGUAUGAUGGUUUCUCAUACUCUUCCGAUGACGAGGCAGCUGGUUGGGACUGUGCAGUGGCGUUUGAUAGUGAUGAGACUUUUAAGAAUAAAUGCUGA